UCUUCAAGACAGAUCUUCAUCAAUGCCGGAAAGACUGGACGUGGACGUACGCGAUCGCUAUCACAAAACUCUCUGAGAGGGACUACGCUGGUCAUUCUAUGAAGGAACGGACAGAUGUGUUUUAGUUUUAGGACUUUUUAUUCCUCGUGAAUGAACCGGUCUCUGUAGUUUUGUGAGAAUGUCGGAGUCGGUGGGAUUCUUUACUAAAGCCUGCGUCGUGCUCGUGUUGCUCUGCGGGCUUCACCUCAUCGUGGCACUGAUUUUCUAUUUAUCAGAGUCGCCUUUAGUUAAAUUUAGGAAUUAUCGACACAUUUCAUUUAUCUCUGAUAUAGUUAAUUCACAAACUCACGGAGAGUUAGGACAGACUGUCAAUGAAACACUUGACGUAGUUGAAUAUAAACGUAUCUAUAAUAACGAGACUGUCAUUAAUGAUGACGAAGAGAAACCUGCCGAAGUACUACAGUCGUGUCCUGAAACUUCGCCACUUUUGGUGGGUCAACUGCGAGUUGAAUUUUCGACCCCGGUGGAUUUUAAUUUGGUGCGUAAAGGCAAUGAGCAUCUGACGAUGGGCGGCAGGUCUAAACCCACCAAAUGUGUGGCUCUGCAAAAAGUGGCAAUAAUCAUCCCAUACAGAAACAGAGAAGAACACCUCAAAUACUGGCUCUACUACCUUCACCCCAUUUUAAAGAGACAGCAGCUCGAUUAUGGGAUUUAUAUCAUAGAACAGGAUGGAGAGAACACAUUCAACAGGGCCAAACUGCUCAAUGUGGGUUACGCAGAGGCGCUGAAGGAGUACGACUAUGAUUGUUUUAUCUUCAGUGAUGUAGACAUCAUCCCUAUGGACGAUCGCAACACCUACGGGUGCUCCAGUCAGCCGCGCCACCUCUCCGUCUCCAUGGACAAAUUCGGCUUCAGGUUGCCAUAUAAACAGUAUUUUGGGGGAGUAUCAGCGAUGAGCAAAAAGCAGUAUGAGAAGAUCAAUGGCUUUCCCAAUAAUUACUGGGGCUGGGGAGGAGAGGAUGAUGACAUAUUUAACAGGCUUUCAAUUCGAGGUAUGAGGAUAUCAAGACCAAGCGCAGAGAUUGGCAAGUGCAAAAUGAUUCGUCACUCGAGAGACAGGAAAAACGAGGAAAACCCACAGAGAUUUAGUAGAAAUGCUCACACACGACAGACAAUAAACACGGACGGCAUCCGAUCGCUCACGUACAAAGUGGUAAAUAUAGAGAAAGACCUCCUCUACACCAAAAUAAGAGUGGACAUCGGCAAACCGUUAAACCUCCAGAACUCCAAAGAAAGAUUUAGCUCUCAACAGCUGAUGAAAAAUGGAGCUUAACUGAAAAUCUCACCAUCCUGAAAGACUUUCCAAGCAGAAGGAAUUAGGAUUGCUGACAUUCCUGUGGAUUUGCUCACCUUUGUGCCUCAUAAGCAUGUCAAUUGUGACUUUAAUGAACGUACAUUUUGUAAACCUUUCAUUCAAAGCAGCCAGUGAAUAGUGUGCCUCAGGGAGCAAUUGCACACUGUGAAAAAUGCACAAAUUCAGCCAUUAACAUAGAGGAGUGAGGAGUGCAAAGACCUGACUAUAAGCAUUCAGUUUGUAAUCAGAAUCCAAUUACAGUGUGCCUGUAAUUAAUUUUAUGAAACCAAAGUAACCCUGUAUGGGUUUUUAUAUAUAUAUUUAUAGGAUAUGAUAUUGUUACGUCACACCAGAGUUCCAUUUUCCUGAAUUUUAUCAUGUGAGAUUGCAUUAAUUUUUAAUCAAGUUCAAAAACAGAAGUUGAUAUUGUUGAGCAAAUUAUAAUUUAGACACAAGAGUUGUGUUCCUGAAUGAAUGUGCUUUUUGAAUGAAUCCCAAUGAGCCAAAAUUAUCCAAAUGUGACUUUAUAACUCAUAACUGCUCAAUUCUGAGGGAUUAACGAUUAUUUUUGUUGAGAUGCAAUUAUAUUUCACAAUCCUAACCUGUAAGUGAGAUAUAUACUCGAAAUUCUGACAUUUUUCAGUUUGUUUACAAUUUUGAGACAAAGUCAGAGUUGCAAGUUUACGGGCUCUAUUUUAACAAUCUAGGCGCAAAGUCUAAAGCGCAUGGCGCAAAAGCAUUAAGGGCAUGUCCGAAUCCACUUUUGCUAUUUUAAGGACGGAAAAAUAUGCUUUGAGCCCUGGCACAUGGUCUAACAGGGUUGAGCUUAUUCUCUUGAUGAGUUAUGAGUGUGUUUUGAGCAUAACGUGCACCAAUGAGAGUCUAAUCUCCCAUUCCCUUGAAGAGUCAGUUGCAUCGCGCCAUGGCGCAUUUGCUUUUUAUAUGGCAGACUUUGAAAAAGGAGAAACUAAAUGCUUCACUGCCGAGAAAACAGUUAAAAAGAUCAUCUGCAGCGCAAGGAUAAAGAAUGAGCCUCCUCCAUUCAGCCUCUUUACUUUCUCUUUACUCCUUUACUUUUGUGGAUAAGGAAACGGUGUUGUACACACUCCACUGAAGACAUCCAUUAGCCUACAUAUUUAAUUUUGUUUAAGCACAAAGAUUUGUUUCUAAACUAUUUCUAAAUUCAGUACUAAUAUUCAGCAAAUUAAUAAAUGAACAAUAAUAGUGAAGUGUGGUAAAAAACUGAGUUAUAUUUAAACACGUCCUAUUCUUAUGCCCAACAUGGUGAUGCAUAUGGUCUCCAAAAUCCGACAGGUGGACAAAUCGAAACUUGUUUUUAUUAAAACAAAUAUAUUACAUAUAACAUUUUAAUACUUACAUUUUCUUAAAUGUAAAGAUAUUUGUGUAUUGCUGUAUAUCCUUUGUGUAUUAAGCAAUGUGUAAGCGUUUUGGAUCUACAUAGGUGCAUAACUACAAUGCGAUCUGCGCUGGACUUUAGACCAGCUUUCAGUUGGUCAGUGGCGCAGUCAAUUUCAGUUCCUCAAAAUAGUAACGUACUAACAAUGUGCCUUAACACACCUCCUUACUAGACCAGCCCACCCAUGAGUCCAGAAAGUGGCGCAAAUGGAUUUGCCAUUUACAUGGCGCAAAACAUGAAAAUUAGGGUUGUGCUGGUCUGAAAAUAGCAACAAAUCAUGCCAAACACGUCUUGCGCCUUAUUGCGUUUGGUGUAUGAUAGGGCCCUAUAUCUCACAAUUCUGACUUUAUAAUACGCAAUUGCAAGUUUUUGUCGAGAAUUUUUUUUAUAGUAUAUAGCCUUAUACACUAUUUCAAUUUACUUUGAUAUUUUAUGUGAAGCUGCAUUGACACAAUCUACAUUGUAAAAGCGCUAUACAAAUAAAGGUGAAUUGAAUUGAAUACACUGCAAAAAUGCUUUUCUUACUUAGAUAUUUUGUCUUGUUUCUAGUCUAAAUAUCUAAACAUUCUUAAAUCAAGAAGCAUUUUCUAGCCACG